GCAAUUUUACCGAGAUCUUGUGAGACGUCCCUGUAUCUGUUUCCGCAAUUCACACUUGUACUACUGCGUGACUGCGGCUAUUUCUUCGACUGUCGUGAUCGCCCGAAGGAGGUGGCUCGGCAUUGCUUACCUGCUCACUGCCCUCACCCCCGACGAAUCCAGGCCCGUCACCAUGGCACAACCGGCACCAGCACCAACAUCACUUGUCCAGGACGAAAGCGCCUCCUUCAACAUCUACUCGCAAGCGCUCACCCGCCGACCCCUCCCCUCCGACCCGGCCGUGCGCGCCGACGUCGAGCACGUCCUCGAGCACGGCUACGUGAUCAUCCCCAAUUGCUUCAGCGCGGCCGAGGCCCGCGAGGCCCGCGACGAGAUCAGCCGCCUUCUGGCCAAGGACUCGUCGCCCGAGGGGCAGCAGCAGCCGCUGGUCGGGCGCAACAGCUUCGAGGGCCUCAACACGAACCGCAUCUACUCGCUGCUCAACAAGUCGAGGGUUUUUGACAAGUUUGUCAUCCUGCCCCGUGUCCUCGCCCUGAAUGACUUUUUCCUCGAUCAAGGGUACCUGCUAUCGGCGUUCCACACCAUCUCGAUCAAUCCCGGCGAGCAGGCACAGGCACUGCACCACGAUGACGGGUAUAUCCAGUUUCCCCGGCCAAGGUUGCCGUUUGGAGCGGCGAUAAUGGUUGCCUUUGACGAGUAUACGGCUCAGAAUGGUGCCACACGAAUCAUCCCCGGUUCACACAAAUGGGACAGCUCACGGCGAGGCACGCCCGAAGAAACCAUCCCCGCGCUCUGUCCCGAAGGCGGAGUGGUGUAUUUCAUCAGUACCUUGUGGCAUGGCGGUGGAGCCAACGUGUCGGACAAGCCUCGACAGAGCGCCACGGUGCAGUACUGCCAGCCUUACAUCCGGCCCAUCGAGAAUCAAAUUUUGGCCGUGGAUCCCAGAAAGCUGGACUCAAUCCCGCCUCGUAUCGUGGAGAUGAUGGGAUAUAAACAUAUGCAACCAUUCAUGGGCUAUGCGGACGGCUUAGGCCCGCGGAGGGCGGCGAGACGCAUGGUCAAGUGGUUGAAGGAGGAAGUGGAUGAAGAUCCUCCGACUUUUGCACACGGGUUCAGGGAGGCCUCCAAGCUGUAGUCAUGAACACAAGGGAACAAAGUCGCAUACCCACAGGGUCAGGACUGGCCAGGUCAUUUGGUUUAAGGCAUCGCACCAUGGACAGGGCCAGAAAAGUCAUCAGAGUUCAGCCCCAGACGAGGCUGUACUUGUACGGAGCACCC